AAGAUGAGACUUUGCCUGUAAUCAUUGCCAAUGACUUAACAGAGAUUCAAGAAGAGAAGUUGAUGCAGGUUUUGAAGGAUUACAAGACAGCCAUAGGAUGGACCUUGGCCGAUAUUAAGGGAAUCAGCCCGUCAAUUUGCAUGCAUCGCAUUUUGCUAGAGCAAGAUUCAAAACCAGUAAGAGAUGCUCAACGCAAAUUGAAUCCUGCUAUGAAAGAGGUA